AUGCAGUUAGAGAAGAUAACAUUGGCACAUAUUCCGGAUAAUGCACAUAGUAGCAAUAGUUCGGAUUACAACAUUAAUAAAUUUAAUGAAAAACAAAAUAAAUUGACAAAAUCUGGCUUUACUGGCCAGCUUGAAAAGAAAUAUAAAGAGAAUUUUAAUUAUGAUAAGAAAUUAUGUAAAAGAUGUGGCUAUAACCAUCCAAUGAAAAAAUGUCCAGCGUAUGGUAAACCUUGUGUCCGCUGUAAUGGUUACAACCAUUUUUCAAGUCAAUGUAGAAAUCAUUGUGUUCAUGAAGUAGAGGAUGAAGAUAAUGAUGCAGCGGGUGAGAAUGUUGAGGAGAAUAUUAAAACCAUAUUAUUUGGAGCAGUUUUUGUCAAUGCACUAAAAAGAAACGUGAAGGACUGGACAAUCAUAGCUGGAGUUAACAACGUGCCUCUUCAUUUGAAAGUAGAUACAGGAGCCCAAGCUAAUGUAUUAUCAAAUAACAUGUUGUUACCAUUAGGUUUAGAUAAACAUAAUCUUUGCCAGUCAAAAGCCAGACUGACUACUUAUACAGGUCAGGUAAUAAAUUGUAUUGGGUUGCAAUCUGCAAUUGAAAUGCAUUUAGUUAAUCCUAUAAAGAACAUAAAUGAGACUAAAAGUAUUGUAACUGAAUAUGAUGAUUUGUUUCAUGGUUUAGGAUGUAUGAAAGAAGAGUACGAUAUAAAAUUGAAACCGGAUGCUACUCCUGUUGUUCAUGCAAGUAGGCGAGUUCCGCUUGCUAUACAACCUAAGUUGAAGAAAAAAUUAGAGGAACUAGAAACAAUGGGAGUAAUAGCUAAAGUCACACAUCCAACAGAGUGGGUUAACUCUAUAGUUAUUGUAUACAAACCCAAUGGAGAUUUACGAUUAUGCUUAGAUCCUAAAGAUCUCAAUAAAGCUAUAAGAAGGCAACACUUAGAGUUGCCAACGCUUGAGGAGAUUACUAGUAGACUUUCAGGCGCUGAAUUUUUCAGUACAUUAGAUGUAAAAAAUGGAUUCUGGAAUAUAAAGUUGUCUGCAGCGAGCUCAGACUUGUGUUGUUUUAAUACUCCAUUUGGUAGGUACAAAUUUCUCAGAAUGCCUUUUGGAAUAUGCAGUGCUUCUGAAGUUUAUCAGCAUCGCAUGCGUCAAAUAUUAGAUGAUUUGGAUGGCGUAGAUGUUUAUAUUGAUGAUAUAUUGAUAUGGGGACGAACAAAAGAAGAGCAUGAUAAGAGAUUAAGGUCGUUUGAUGUGAAUGAUAAGUUGCAGAUAAAGUUGGAUGAAGAGAAUAUAGAAGCUAACAUAGACAUGGUGAUAGGUUCAUUAAACAUCAGCGAGAAACAAUUAAACUAUUUUCAGAAUUUAACAGAUAAAAAUGAAGAGAUGAGAUUAUUAAAAGAUUCAAUUUUAAAGGGCUGGCCUGCUCACAAAAACUCAGUACCAGAAAUAAUAAGGCCAUAUUGGCAUGUUAGAGAUAGCUUGACUUAUAAAUCAAGUUUAAUAUUUAAAGGAAAUUGUUUAGUGGUGCCACCAGAAUUAAGAAAAGAAAUGCUAGCACGUGCACAUUUUCCACAUUUAGGAAUAACGAAAACGGUAUUAAGGGCAAAUGAUGCUAUGUAUUGGCCAAGAAUGAUUCAUGAGAUAACGGAUAUGGUUUCACGGUGUGAAACAUGUAUACGUUUUAGUAAUAAUAAUAAAAAAGAGACUUUAAUGCCUCAUGUUGUACCAGAAUUACCUUGGGAGAAAGUAGGUGUAGAUUUAUUUCAAUUAGACGGUUGUAAUUAUAUGAUUGUGAUAGAUUAUUAUUCAAAGUUUCCUGAAAUAGAUUUUUUAAGAUGUACUACAAGUGAAAGUAUCAUUGACAAAUUAAAGCAGAUUUUUAGUCGGCAUGGAAUUCCUAAAGAAGUAUUUAGUGAUGGUGGGCCGCAAUUUUCUAGUGAUAGUUUUAAGAAUUUUGCUAGGAAGUAUGAUUUUAAACAUACUAUGUCAAGCCCAGAAUAUCCUCAGUCAAAUGGUAUGGUUGAACGAGAGGUGCAAACGAUAAAGAAACUGCUUAAGAAAGCUUUGUAUGAGAAAAGAGAUCCAUAUUUAGCAAUAUUAGAAUUUCGUAAUACCCCUAUUUCAAAUACAAUUGCAUCUCCAGCGGAAAAUUUAUUUAAUAGAAAAUUAAGAGGUAUUAUUCCUAUGACUAAGAAGGCAUUUAAUCCUAAGGUUGAUAGAAAUUUACGGCGAAAUUUAGUUCAUAGACAAGAAAAGGACAGAUUUUAUUAUAACAGGAAUAAAGUUAAUUUAAGAAAUUUGGAGCUCGGAGAACAUGUAUUUUUUAAAACAGGGAGAGUUUGGAAAAAAGGGAUUAUUAAAGGAAAAAUUUAUGAUAGAACGUACAAGAUAUUAAGUCAAAAUGGGAGAAUGUUUGUAAGAAAUAGGAUAUAUAUAAAGCCUUUGAAUUUUGUACCAUUCUAUAUUCCAGAUGAAAAUGAAAAUCUGGAAUCUGUAGUAACCCCACAACCAUCUUUAUAUACAACUUCAUAUGGUCGUGUGAUUCGACCUCCGGUUAGGUAUCCUGAGUAA